CGAUGGUUGAGCGGCCUAGGUCCCUAUUGUUAAUGCAGGAGCUUAUAGAUUACUAUCAGGCCACCCAGAACGAUGACCAAGCCUAUCUACGCCAGAUUCAACACGUUUCUUUUGAUGCGAAGCCCUCGGCAUUAUUGUAUUACUGAUACUUUGCAGGAUGGCGUCAACACAAGGCAUACAGCGUGUAUUUUCUAUGCUGUGUGAGCGGAUAUAUAUAGUGCUCUUUCUCUCUGUCUUUUCAAUGCCAUAAAACUCUCUGCGGCUACUCAGCAAGAACCAGAUCGUUAUCAAAUCUACACUGCAGCUCCAAAGACGGAGAGACCCCGUUGCUAAGAUUCAUUCAUCGUCCGAAGCAUCGUAACCUACGCCCUUGCGCUUCAAGCACUAGCUAAACCUUCAAGAUGGCUGGAGAGCUAGUCUUGAUCACUGGUGCCUCUGGCUUCCUAGGCGCCCAAUUGGUCAACGAGACACUAAAGGCAGGCUACCGUGUUCGUGGUACAGUCCGUCGACAAGCUCAGGUCGAGAGUCUAGAAGCUUUCUUCCGCCCCAGCUAUGGAGACCGAGUUGAAUUCGCUACCAUCCCCGAUAUGACCCAAGAAGGGGCAUAUGAUGCUGUCCUGCAUGGUGUCGAUUACAUCUUCCACGUAGCUUCGCCUUUGGCGUCUCCUAGUCAUGGCGCCGACACUGACUUCAAGGCUGUGUACAUCGAGCCAGCCGUCAAGGGCGUUACAACCAUCCUGGAUGCAGCCACCAAGUACCCCUCCGUCAAGAGAGUCGUGAUCACGUCUUCCGUUGCUGCACUGCGACCAUUGGAAGGCGUUCCUGAUGGCACUGUAGAGUCUGAACAAAGCGGCGCCAACAUCCACAUAUCUCCCGAUCACAAACUCACCAGCUAUGAAGAAGCGUAUUUCGCAUCCAAGAUCCUCGCUGACCAGGCAACCACCGACUUCGUGAAAGCCAGAAAGCCAAAGUACUCUACCGUAACCAUCCAUCCCACGUUUAUCUACGGCCGCAACAUCCUCCAAACAUCCUUCUCUGAGCUUUCUGGAACCAAUGGCUUCCUCUGGCAUUCUCUCCAAUCACCUCAGCCUCUCGUAGGAAGUCGUGCCGUCCACGUUCUCGAUGUUACUGAAGCGCACCUUAAGGCACUCGAGUUCGCAGCCGAGAAAGACCCCUACACGGAUCCAAGUAGCUGGACUGGAGGCAUUGCGAAGUUCAUAGUCGCUGCCCCAUCGUUCAAAUGGGAAGAUAUAGCCGAGUUUACUCGACGGAAGUAUCCUCAGAUUGGUUCUAAGCUCGAGGAGGACAAGCCUACAGCGGGCUCCUACGAUACGAGCCGAGCAGCGGACAUCCUUGGUUUAAAGAGCCUCAGACCGAUUGAGGAAAUGGUCACGGAUGUUAUCGAUCAGCUCCUGGAGUUCACUGACUUUCCCAAGCAGCUUUGAGGGCGAUGAGUACAUGCGAUUGAAUCGUGCGGACUAAGAGCAGGGUUUAUUGGUAAACAUUCGAAAAUUCGAAAUUCUCCUCAUAAAAUCUUCCAUCUCUAGACUAUGUAGUGAUCAGUAAACUUUCGAAUCUUAUCUCAUUGUCACUCUCUUUC